UCUUCUUUUAAUACCUUGGAUUACAUCUCCAAUAUAUUGAAGGGAAUUCAAGUUUUCGCUUAUUAUUCAUAAUUAUUUUGUCUUUCUUUAAGUGUAUUUCCUCCACAGCGUCUCUGUUUUUCUCCGUGACUCCGCCCAUGCAUUCCUGUGUGUCUGGGCUGUGAAGAAGAGGAGGAGGAAUGGAAAGGAAAGAGAGGCUGCAGAAAGCUGAAGCAUAGAAGAGGAGAUGACUUAUCAACAAGCACAACAACAACAACAACAACAACAGCCGCAGCUCGUGAGCCCCCCAGCCCUCACCCCUCUGCUCUGAACGCUUCACUUCUUCACUCUCAAGUCGUUCGGAACUUUUAUUUUUUUGUUACCCCGGAGUUGGAGCUUUUCUUUUUGGGGAGAGUUUUAAUUGUCAUUGCAACAAAACAACCGCCGCGGUUUUAUUGUAGUUUUAUUUACUGCAAACAACAACAAACCGGCCAAAAGGAGCAAAGAGAGAGCGCGCGCGCGCUUGGAGGACACCAUGGAGCUCCUGGACGGCAGCGAGCCGUUCCUCCACUGGGACCGGAACCUCAGCGAGCUGUCCGAGGCCGGGGACAUCGAUCGCGUGCUCUACACCAACCACUUCUCCGAGCUCCUGGACGACCUCUCCCAGGACGGGCUGCUCGGCCAGCUGCUCAGCGACCCCUUCCUGCCGGGGGCGCGCGGCGGCGUGGAGGCCAUGGAGGGCUGCGGCCUGUCUCCGUCCUCGCCGCUGCCGCCGCACAUCGCGACGGAGCACAGCUACUCGCUGAGUGGCGACAGCCGGCCGCAGUCGCCGCUGUCGCACCUCACCGGGGAGCGGGGCAGCGACGCAGACUCUGACGGGGACUCUGCUGAUUGGCCGAUGGAGCAGGAGGACGCCAUGGACGGCCUCCUGUGUGACACCCCCUCCCUCCUCCCCGCCCUCUCCCUCUCUCCGGCCUCCGGCGAGGGGCCCCGGGCGCCCGAGGGCCCCACCGUGGCCCCGCCCCCUGCUGCCGCCGCCCCCCCGGCCCGGAACCCGGUCGGCGGCCACAGACCGGGCCAAGGCCUCAAGAUAAAAGAGGAGAACAUCAUCCCUCAGAUCAAACUGGAGCCUCAUGAAGUGGACCAGUUCCUCAACCUGUCACCCAAAGGUCUGGAGUCCCUCCAGAUGCCCCCCACCCCUCCCAGCUCCCACGGCAGCGACUCGGAGGGCAGCCAGAGCCCCGCCCACGCCCCCCCUGGCCUGUCCUGCCCCUCCUCCCCCACCAGCCCCCCUCCUCCCACCUCCUCCUCCUCCUCCCAGGCCGGCCCCAAGGUGUCUCCUCGCGCCUCCUCCUCCCUCUCCAACUCCCCACUGCUCACCGCCGCCCACAAGCUGCAGGGCUCGGGCCCUCUGAUGCUGACGGAGGAGGAGCGCCGCACGCUGGUUGCCGAGGGUUACCCCGUCCCCACCAAGCUGCCGCUCACCAAGGCCGAGGAGAAGGCGCUCAAGAAGAUCCGCAGGAAGAUCAAAAAUAAGAUUUCGGCUCAAGAGAGUCGCAGGAAGAAGAAAGAGUACAUGGACGCUCUGGAGAAGAAGGUGGAGACCUGCUCCAACGAAAACAACGAGCUGCGCAGGAAAGUAGAAAAUCUGGAGUGCACCAACAAGUCUCUGUUACAACAGCUGCAGUCUCUUCAGGCGAUGGUCGCCGGCAAAGUCCCCAAAUCCUGCAGGAUGGCCGGCACCCAGACCUCAUCAUGCCUCAUGGUGGUCGUGUUGUGCUUCGCUCUGUUUUGGGGGAGUUUCUCCCCCGGUAGUUUGACUCCCUGCUCGACCGUCACUGAGAGCGUCCUGACCUCCAAACAGCUGGUCGCCAAGGACUCCUACACAACCACAGGGAAGUCGAGGAAUCUGCUGUCGACCUUCGAAGACGAGCAGCCGCACCUCCUCGGUCUGGGCGGGGAGUAUCCCGACCAAUGGGAGGAGCCCACGGCCGUCGUCAUGGCGGCGUGGCGGCGCUCGGAGCAGCAGAAGGAGGAGCCCGGCGCCGCGGAGACGCACCCGCCGUUCAGGAACGCCGGCAACGACACGCAGACGUCCAAGAACCUGCUGCUGGAGCUGCACAGGUCUCUGGAGCAGAGGACGACUGACAGCAGCAGUAAUGUGUUGGUCAACGAGACCUCCUGAGCUUCAUGUCAACAAGCCCCCAUGAUGACCUUUGACCUUUGACCCCCCAACCCCUGUAGUGAGUGGUUCAGUGUCCUGGAGCAAACCUCAUACAGAUUGUUCCAUUUCUGCUUAAUCAUAUACACUGUAGUAGUAAUAAUAAUAAUAUUAAUAUUAAUAAUAAUAAUAAUAAUAAAGAGGCUGGUUGCUUUAAUUUCUAAAGUGAAGUUGCACUGAAUAUUUUGUUUACAACUCAUCGGUUGUAAUCUGGAUUUAAUCACAUUGUAAUGAACUCAAAUGGAUAUAUUGAUUUAUUCCAAUAUAUUCUAAAUAUGACACGUGAGGCUUUUUUACAGGACACUGACGGAGAACCUUUUUGUAUUUAUAGAAAACCUUUUUUAAAUUUGUAUUAUUAUAAUUUUAUUUUCCACAAGAUUAUUGCUCUUUUGUAGCUCUUUUAAUAUUCCAUGUUUUUAUUCCAUUCCAGUGAGGCGUGCGUCCCAUUUUGAUACGUGUUUGUGGUCAUAAUAUAUUUAGUGUUCAUAUUUUAUUGUAUUGUUCUCUUUUAUAUAUAUUGUUAUAUAUUCUCUUUACAUUUCAUACAGCGAGGGCUUGUAGCUCGAGGUUCAUUUAUUUGUUAUUGAAAAGUCUUAUUUGGGAUGUUUUUAAUCCAGUUAAAUGAAAAACAAAUAUGGAUUUUCUUUUAAUAUACAAGGAACCACAGCAACUUUUAGCACGAGCUGUUUCUGGCUUUCAUCUCUCAGCAUUUGCCCAAAAAAAAUAUUUCUUCCCAGAAAUAAAACCCCAAAAAAAGAUAUAUAUAUUUUUGUAAAUAUAACUUGUUAAUAAAUAAGUCUAAAUGUGUGUGGGGCCUGUAGUUUAUAAACCAAUCCUUAAUGAAUUCAGAGUUUAUUUUAGAUGGUUUGUCCUGAAUUUCUGUUGGAUUCAGUUUAUGAAUUACACAUCGUGGCUUUAAAAAAAGUUGUAAUUGUUUUUGAAGUGUUUCUUUUUAUUUCUGAGCUUUUAAUGAAACGUGUUCUUUCACGUGUGUUACAGACGCUUCACUUUAUUUUGCAAUCACAUUUGUAAAUACCAAAUUUGUUUGAAAGUGAAAGAUAUUUAAGUCGAGAUGGGGAAAGAAAAUGUCGGAAAUUAUAUUUUUAGCAAACCGAGGGCAGAAAUAGACUGCGGUUGUGUUUAGAGACUAGAAAACAAUAUUUGUGUAUCUAUUUCUCGUAUUUGUACACUUUGUAGAUCAAUCAGUGGUCAGAUUGUCAUGGAUUUAUUCAUAAAUCUGUACGUUGAUGCCGAGAAACCCACGAGUUUGAGCUGAUUGAGAUGAAGCCACGCCCACUUCUGUGCUUUCAAAUGAACGGAGAGUAUUUUUCCUUUUUAGUAAAAGUAUAUUUUGCAAAACA